AUGGCGACUUCCACACCUCGGAAGACAUGUGUCUUAUCGGACACUUGUAUCCUCUGCGGAUUUUCGUUUAUACAGAUUGAAAGAAAGGAAAAUGGUGAGGAAAAAGUUCACAAGUUUUUCGAGACGAAGCUAAGACUAAACACCGAAAGAAAAGAUAGCAUAAAACAACUAACAGGCCUGACAGACAUUGCAGAUGUCACGACAAAUGCAGGUGUGUGUAAAAAGUGUUAUCGAUCAGUUGAAUCUAUAAUGAAAACCGAAUCCAAAAAUGAGCAAAUAAAACAGAGGUUUCGCGAGGUGGCACAGAGAACAAUACAAACACUCACGUUACAGCUGCUUUCCCCUCGGAGAAAGUCCAUAACUAAACGGAUGCUUAGGAGCCCAGCCUUGCCAUCUUCAAAAAUACAGACUUUCGACGUAUCCUACCGCAAGCUCGUGCAAAUAUCACCAUUCUCAGAUUUGACAAAUAGAACAGAUUUGCAUAAAACAGAGGUAAUAAUAGAUCACGAUAUCAUAUUAUAUUUACAGUGUAUAUAG